AAUGGCUCAAGAUUAGAGAUCUCCUUUUGAAUUGAGAAUUUGGCAUUUCUAUACUGAGGAAGAGAAAUCCAUUACACUUCUUAAUGCAUAUAAACAAAGAGUAUUGUUCUCAGAAGAUAUCAAAUCUUUCCUUCUCAAGGAUAGAUUAAAUACUUGGUCCUAUUGGGGAUUCCCUCUUGCAUGUUAUGCACUCUUUCACUAUACUGGAGCAUUAUAACCAUAUAUAGCAACAAAAUACUCAGUAGGUGCCUAAAGAAUGAUUCCUGCAGCAAUAUCUGGGUUACUUUGGCUUGGUUGGGUCCAUUUCAAUCCAUUUUACACUACUUUAUAAAGGUAACUAAAUUCUUUAUUACUCUUUUAGUGAAAAGUUGAGUUUACUCAAUUUGAUUGAAAGAAGAGUAGGCUUGAAUAUGAAGGCACUCAAUGAAUAAGUACCUCGUACUUGGACAACAUAAGAGAUUCACAGAUAAAUGAGAGAAGCUUAUAAUAAUAGACAUGGAUUUUUCACAAACAUACUAUAUCCAAGUGAGGAAAGAGCUUCCCCAUUAUAGGAUAUCUCAUCAUAUCCAUUCAAAUACAGAAGAGAUAAAAUUGUUAAAUGAU